CACGGGAUCAUGCAUCCCCGAUCGCAGCCCUCCUUCGAGGGUUGAAUCGCGACGAUUUCGCACAGGAUACCAGUGAUACGUUCUCCGCGGAGUGUAACUGUGUGAGUUCGAGCAAGGAAGCCGUCUGUCCGGAGGCACCGAUUUCGCCACGAGAAUUGGUCCCGUCGAGGACUAACCGUGUACCACAUCCCCCGCGCUCAAAGAGGACUUACAACCUCGCAAGGAUGCGGGACCGGCUAUCGUGGUACAUGGUCUUUCUGAUCCUGCCGACAAUUCUCCUGGCCAGGUCGCUCGAUAAAGACCGACGCGUACCUUACAGCAUACCGUCAGAUUGGAAGACGUUGUGGUUCAGCAAUCUGGACGAGCUGCAAAGAGUAAACGAUGCAAACGACAACAACACCGUUUCGAACGUCACGGUGCAGCUGGGUGGGACAGCGUUUUUGCAUUGCAAAGUUCGGAAUUUGGCGGAAAGAACGGUGUCCGACGCCGAGAUAUCCUGGAUACGGCGACGUGAUUUCCACGUCCUGACCAGCUCCAUGUUCACGUACACGAGCGACGAGCGGUUUCAAGUAUUGCAUCCAGAGGGCUCGGACGAUUGGACUCUUCAAAUCAAGUACGUUCAAGAAAGAGACAACGGGAGCUACGAAUGCCAGGUCUCAAGGAGUACAGGGAUAUUAUCAUACUUUGUCAAUCUAAACAUAGUAAUACCAGAAGCAUUUAUAUUAGGGAGCGGCGAACAUCACGUCGACGUAGGAUCCAUUAUAAAUCUCGUGUGCAUAAUAGAAAAGAGUCCAACACCUCCGCAAUAUGUUUUCUGGUAUCAUAAUAAUCGAAUGAUAAGUUUCGACACUACGCGAAGCAGUGUAACGGUACAAACCGAUUCUAGUUCGACUCAAAGUCGGCUGACAAUUCACCAAGCGGUGGAAUCGGAUACAGGCAACUAUACGUGCAACGCCUCGAACACCAAGCCGGCGUCCAUUUUUGUUUUUGUCACCGAAGGUGACAAAAUGGCAGCCAUACAGCGCCGUAAGACAUCGGCCGCGAAGAAAAAUUUCUGUGAAUUGCUAGUACUAAUUGUCACCAUUGCGAUAGACGUCGUUUUAACGCGAUAAGCGUUUCUCUUCGAUAUGUCCAUAAUUAUUAUUAUACCGUUACUUCCGUUUGUGAUAGAUAGGCUACUAUUCUGCGAUUUUAUCCCUCUAUUCGCUCUCCUUCUUUCCCUUUGAGCUGAACAUCUUCGUACCAUGCGACUUCUCAAUUUCUUACGUAAAAUUUUCCUUACAUACUCCACGUUAUUUUCGUUUUAUACGCCAUACGGUCGUAAUUCUAUCAUUGUCCGCCAUCUUUGUUUUCCGUUCCUUUUGUCUGGUUUCAUCGUCAAGGUUGCCGCCGGCUGAAUUAUUUCGAUAUACGAGAUUUUCAUGGUAGAUUAUGCGUGUUUCCACGUUUUGCUGAAACGUAAUAGAAAUACUCGCGAGUAAUUGCAACUUCUCUCUCUCUUUCUCUCUCUCUCUCUUUCUCUUUCUCUCUCCUUUCAUUUCCUCCCCUCCUGUUUCUAGCCACCCAUAUAUAAAUUUUCUCCAACAAAGUACGCGUUAAAAUGGUCUCGAAUAAUAAAAAUUAUCUCGCCACCGAGAUCGUUUUGGAACCAUAAAAAUACUUGUUUUUCCGUUACACAAGGCGAACGUAAUUCUCUGUAAUCGGUGUACGUGACCAAGUUACGUAAAGUACGUAUCAGAUUUGUUAUGAAAUAGAAGCACCAAGAUAGCUAAUUUCCAAGAGGUAAAUAAAAACACGAUAGACCGAGAUAUUUUGUUGGAAACACAUAUCCAUAGCGAAAAUUUUUGUACAUUAUUUACUUUUUCGUAAGCUUUUGGAACAACAAAUUCACUUUCUUUCUCGUGUGUGACUUUGUCGAAAUUCUUUUUAGAAACCGGCGGCAAAUCGUUUAUCGUUCGAAGAUUAAAUAAAAACGAUGCUCGUACGGAAGCAUCUGCGGCGGUAAAAAUUUUAUUUCACGUUUUUGUACUCGGUUUAUUCUCUUUGAUACUUGGAAUGAGUUCUCGAUCAGUUUAAUGGCCAUCGGUAAUGGGCAACAAUUCCACGUCGUGGCAGUUUUCCACAACUUUUGCUCUUCGCUCUCGUUCGAUGAGAGACAUGGCACAGACACAAGCAUGCGUGAACGAAACUUUGAAAUUGAUAGCGUUAUUUGCGAGACCACGCAUCCCAUUUAAUAACCCUCGGCCCUUCUACUUCGAUUCUUGCACUGCUACUAUACAGGGUGUUCAACCAACCCUGGAAAAAAAUUUUAAUGGGAGACUCUAGAAGCCAAAAUAAGACGAAAAUCAAGGAUACCAAUUUGUUGAUUGAGGCUUCGUUUAAAAGUUGUAAAAACA